CAUGGCUUCCGGUCUUGGACUCUAACUUUUUUCCUACUCUGGGCUGUGGGGAAUGAGAUCCUUGGUCUCCAGUCGAAUGAUUUACCUCAACAGACUGAGAAGUCCAAGCAUCCACAAAGAGCCCCUGAAAAAACUUUAUGUGAGUUCUGUGGAAUCUGCUGUGCGCACAGAACACCGGGGAGAGUGACAGAGCCCUGCCCCUACCGUUAUGCUGGGAAUACCAGGUGGGGGUGACCGGAAGUAGUUCCCCCUGACUUCCGACUAGAAAGGGGGCUGGGCCCGAAGCCUUCAUCCGUAAAGUGCUGUGUCACCUCAGCGGCGUUCCAGAUCUUCUCAGCUGUUUUGGUGCCAGCCUUCCUGCCCACACUCCUACCUGCUGUCACAGGCCAAAACCAUCAUGCCUCGGGGUCAGAAGAGUAAGCACCGUGCCCGUGACAAACGCCGAGAGACCCAUGGUCAGCCUCAGGGUCUCACAGGUCCCCAGACCACUGCGGAAAAGCAAGAAGAGCCCCAUUCUUCCACUGUCUCUUCUCCUGAUUAUCGGGGUGCUCAUCCUAAGUCUUCUGAUGCCUCCUUUCCUCAGGAGUCUCAGGGAGCUUCACCCACUGGCUCUCCUGAUGCAGCUGUUUCAUGCUCAAAAUCUGAUGUGGCUGCCAAGGGUCAAGAUGAGAAAAAUGCAAGCACCUCCCCAAAUGCCUCCGUUCCUCAGGAGUCUCAGAGAGCUUCACCCGCUGGCUCUCUUGAUGCAGGUGCUUCAUGCUCAAAAUCUGAUGUGGCUGCCAAGGGUCAAGAUGAGAAAAAUGCAAGCACCUCCCCUAAUGCCUCCGUUCCUCAGGAGUCUCAGAGAGCUUCACCCACUGGCUCUCUUGAUGCAGGUGCUUCAUGCUCAAAAUCUGAUGUGGCUGCCAAGGGUCAAGAUGAGAAAAAUGCAAGCACCUCCCCUAAUGCCUCUGCUCCUCAGGGGGCUCAGGGAGUUUCAUCCACUGGCUCUCUUGAUGCAGGCAUUUCAUGCUGGAAAUUUGAUAUGCCUGGCUUGAGUGAAGAUGAGGAAAGUGCAAUCGCCUCCCAUAGAGCUGCCUUCUUUAAGACCACAGAUCGAGAUCCUCUAAACAGGAAGGCUAGAGUGUUGGUGCAGUUCCUACAGGAGAAGUUUGAGAAGAAAGAGAUCAUUUUGAAGGCCGACAUGCUGAAGCGUAUUAACAGAAAGUACAAGGUGUACUUGCCCGAGAUCCUCAAGAAAACCUCCAACCAUUUGGCAGUGGUUUUUGGCGUUGAAUUGAAAGAAAUGGAUUCCAGCGGCGAAUCCUACACCCUUGUCAGCAUGCUGGGCCUCUCCAGUGAAGGAAUUCUGAGUGGUGUUAAUGGGCUGGCGAAGUCGGGUAUCCUGAUGUCUCUCUUGAGUUUCAUUUUCAUAAGAGGGAACUGUGCCAUUGAAAAGGAGGUCUGGGACUUCCUGAGUGUUUUGGGGAUCUAUGACGGAGUCGUGCACUCAAUCUAUGGGGAGCCCCGGAAGAUCAUUAUGGAAGAUUUGGUGCAAGAUAAGUACCUGGAGUACUGGCAGGUGUGCGACGGUGAUCCUCCAUGCUAUGGGUUCCUGUGGGGUCCACGAGCCCAUGCUGAAACCAGUAAGAUGAGCGUCCUGAGAGCUUUGGCCAAUAUCAAUAAUACUGUCCCCGGUUUCUACCCACAUCUGUAUGAAGAGGCUUUGAUAGAUGAGGCACAGAGAGCAUUGAGACUGAGAGCUUAACGGCAGGGCUGGCACUGUUCUCUUGGCCAGGGAACCUUAUGGGAGUAUAUCUUACAGAUCCACUUCUAGGGAAGUCUGAAUUAGAAUUUUUGCCGUAUGCUAGAAGAAGAGAGUAGUGAGCUUUCUAAAUAGUGCAGUAUAGUAGAGGCUGGAGGGAAAAGAUGUGUAUCUUUCUUUUGUCCUGUUACACAUGAGUAACACAGAUUUAUGUUUUGCUUUUACUAUUAAUAUUCAAGAUUGUUCCUGUUAAGUGAAGGUUUAUUUUGCUUCAUACUAUAAACGUAUCAGUAACAUAGCUCUCACAUUCAUAGCUGUUUAAGCAAUUUGGAAGUUACGGUUUUGGUAUUAAUAAAACAAAAUCAUACACCGUUCAUAUUUUCUCUAUAAUUCAGAACUAGAUAACAUGGUAACAGAGAAGGGAUUUUGAUAUGAAUCUUAAAGAACUCCACAGUAAACUAGUUGACACCGUAAUAUAAUGAGAAAACAAAGUAAAAACGGAAAUGUAAAAGUUGCCUAAUUCUUGGGGUUUGCCUUAUUCCUUUUCUUAAUAUAAAUAAAGGAUGGUUGGAUUUAUUUAGGUUAUUAAAAACUGCUGUUAGUUUGUUUUAUUCUAGUGUACUUCAUAUUCUGUUAUUGACUACAUCAAAAAAACUCCUCUGAUUGGAGAGUGGUGUUUUCUGGGUUUAAAAAAAUCAUAUGAAAUGCAGUGAUCAAUAUAAGCCAGAAUGAGCUCACUAAAAUCCUUUUUGAAACA